AUGGGUGUCGGCCGGAGAAAGUUGGUCCCAUUCUUGGUCCUAGCCCUGGCCCUGGCCUGCAGCCAACACACAGGUCAGGCCCAACAGGACACUCUGAAAUCGGUCCAUGAACACCGCUCUGACUUCUCUCACCCUCAAGGGCAUGUUGGUACUCCACUCGAUAGGGUGACCAUCAUCCCACCUCUGAAGACCAUUCCUGUGGUACGAGCCCUCAACCCAGCACAUACCAGGCAGGUGUGCAGCACCUGGGGCAACUUCCACUACAAGACCUUUGAUGGGCAGGUCUUCUACUUCCCUGGCCUCUGUAACUAUGUGUUCUCUGCGCACUGUGGGGAUGCCUAUGAGGACUUCAAUAUCCAGCUACGUCGUGGCCAGGAGUCUAAUUCCACCACUCUGAGCAGGGUCACCAUGAAGCUUGAUGGCCUAGUGGUUGAGCUGACCAAGAGCUCCGUCUUAGUCAACAACCGCCCGGUCCAGCUGCCCUUCAGCCAGUCCGGGGUCCUCAUUGAGCUCAGCAAUGGCUACGUAAAGGUGGUGGCUAGGCUGGGCCUGCUCUUCAUGUGGAAUGACGAUGACAGUCUUCUGCUGGAGCUGGACACCAAAUAUACCAACAAGACUUGUGGUCUCUGUGGAGACUUUAAUGGCAGUCCAAAUUCCAGCGAGUUCCUCUCCCACAAUGUCAGGCUGACACCCCUUGAGUUUGGGAACCUUCAGAAGAUGGACGGCCCCACAGAACAGUGCCAAGACCCCCUCCCUGUGUCCCAGAAGAACUGUUCCACCAGAUCUGGCGUCUGUGAAAAGAUCCUGAAAGGUCAGCUGUUCUCAGACUGUGCAGCCUUGGUGGACAUCAGCAGCUACCUGGAGGCUUGCUGGCAGGACCUCUGUCUCUGUGAGAGCUCGGACCCGUCUGACUGCAUCUGCCAUACCUUGGCUGAGUACUCCCGGCAGUGUGCCCAUGCUGGAGGACAGCCCCAGGACUGGAGGGGUCCCAGCCUCUGCUCCCAGACAUGCCCCCUCAACAUGCAGCACCAGGAAUGUGGCUCUCCCUGUGUGGACACCUGCUCCAACCCCCAGCGUUCCCAGGUCUGUGAGGACCACUGUGUUGCUGGCUGCUUCUGUCCUGAGGGUAUGGUGCUUGAUGACGUCAACCAGACAGGCUGUGUCCCUGUGUCCCAGUGUGCCUGCCUGUACAAUGGGACAUUUUAUGCACCGGGUACCAAUUACUCUACUGACUGCACCAACACAUGCUCUGGAGGUCAGUGGAGCUGCCAGGAAGUCCCAUGCUCUGGCGCCUGCUCAGUACUGGGAGGCUCCCACAUCUCCACAUUUGAUGAAAGACAAUACACUGUACAUGGGGACUGCACCUACGUGCUGAGCAAGCCCUGUAAUAGUAAUGCCUUCACUGUCCUGACUGAGCUGCGGAAGUGUGGACUGACUGAAAGUGAGACUUGUCUGAAGACUGUGACCUUGAACCUGGGUGGGGGGCAGACGGUGGUCACGGUGAAAGCCACAGGAGAGGUCUUUGUGAACCAGAUCUAUACCCAGUUGCCGGUGUCUACAGCCAACGUUACCUUCUUCCGGCCUUCAACAUUCUUCAUCAUUGGUCAGACCAAUCUGGGUUUGCAGCUUGAGAUCCAGCUGAAUCCCAUUAUGCAAGUGUCUGUGCGUCUGACACCUGAGCUCAGGGGGCUAACCUGCGGGCUCUGUGGUAACUUCAACAGUAUGCAGGCUGAUGACUUCCAGACCAUCAGUGGGGUUGUGGAGGGCACAGCAGCUGCUUUCUUCAACACCUUCAAGACUCAGGCGGCUUGUCCCAAUGUCAAGAAUAUCUUUGAGGACCCCUGCUCGCUCAGCGUGGAGAAUGAAAAGUAUGCUCUGCACUGGUGUUCUCAGCUGACUAACGCCAGCGGCCCGUUUUCCCAGUGCCACGCCACCGUGAACCCUAGCACCUUCUUCUCGAACUGCAUGUUUGACACAUGCAACUGUGAGAAGAGUGAGGACUGCAUGUGUGCAGCCCUGUCCUCCUAUGUGCGUGCCUGUGCUGCCAAAGGCGUGCUGCUCAGUGACUGGAGGGACGGCAUCUGCCCAAAGGCUACAAUUACCUGUCCCAAGUCAAUGACCUAUCAAUACCACAUCAGCACCUGCCAGCCCACCUGCCGUUCUCUGAAUGAGGAAGAUGUCACCUGCCACAUCAGCUUCAUCCCUGUAGAUGGCUGCACCUGCCCCAAAGGCACCUUCUUGGAUGAUUCGGGCAAAUGUGUACAGGCCACCAGCUGUCCUUGCUACUACAAGGGAUCCACAGUUCCCAAUGGCGAGUCUGUGCAUGACAGUGGGGCCGUUUGCACCUGCACCCAAGGAGCACUAACUUGUAUCGGAGGUCCUGCCCCGACUCCAGUGUGUGAUGCACCCAUGAUCUAUUUUGACUGUCGCAAUGCCACACUUGGUGACACUGGAGCUGGAUGUCAGAAGAGCUGUCACACCCUAGACAUGACCUGCUAUAGCUCCGAGUGUGUGCCUGGCUGUGUGUGCCCGAAUGGACUGGUGGCAGAUGGCAAUGGAGGCUGUGUUGUUGCUGAGGACUGUCCUUGUGUGCACAACGAGGCCACCUACAGGCCUGGGGAGACUAUCCAAGUGGGCUGCAACAACUGCACCUGUGAGAACAGGAUGUGGCGAUGCACAGACAAGCCUUGCCUAGCCACCUGUGCCGUGUAUGGGGACGGCCACUACAUCACUUUUGAUGGGCAGCGCUACAGUUUCAACGGGGACUGCGAGUACACACUGCUGCAGGACAACUGUGGUGGGAAUGGCAGCUCCCAGGAUGCCUUUCGUGUUGUCACUGAGAACAUCCCCUGUGGUACUACAGGAACCACCUGCUCCAAGGGCAUCAAGAUCUUCCUAGGGAACUAUGAGCUGAAGUUGAGUGACAGCAAGAUGGAGGUGGUCCAGAAAGAUGCAGGGCAGGAGCCCCCCUACUUUGUCCACCAGAUGGGCAACUACCUGGUGGUGGAAACUGACAUCGGCUUGGUGCUUUUGUGGGACAAGAAGACCAGCAUCUUUCUCAGACUCAGCCCUGAGUUCAAGGGCAAGGUCUGUGGCCUGUGUGGGAACUUUGAUGACAAUGCCAUCAAUGACUUCACCACACGCAGCCAGUCUGUGGUCAGUGACAUGCUGGAGUUUGGAAAUAGCUGGAAGUUGUCUCCAUCCUGCCCGGAUGUCCUGGUGUCUGAAGACCCUUGCACUGCCAACCCUUACCGCAAGUCCUGGGCCCAAAAGCAAUGCAGCAUCAUCAACAGUGCAACGUUCUCCGCUUGCCAUGCUCACGUGGAGCCAGCCAAGUACUAUGAAGCUUGUGUGAAUGACGCUUGUGCCUGUGACUCAGGGGGUGACUGCGAGUGCUUCUGCACUGCUGUGGCUGCCUAUGCCCAGGCCUGCCAUGAAGUGGGUGUGUGUGUGUCCUGGAGGACACCAGACAUCUGCCCACUGUUCUGUGACUACUACAACCCAGAGGGUCAGUGUGAGUGGCACUACCAGCCGUGUGGGGCCCCCUGCAUGCGCACCUGCCAGAACCCGACUGGACAGUGCCUACAAGAUCUCCGCGGUCUGGAAGGAUGUUACCCCAAGUGCCCACCAACAGCCCCCAUCUUUGAUGAGGGCACGAUGCAGUGUGUAUCCAACUGUACAGUCACCCCCUCACCUCUACCACCACAUCCCUGCCGCGUCAAUGGAAAGUUGUACUGGCCAGGUGCAUCAGUACCUUCAGACAAAAACUGUCAUUCCUGCUUUUGUACGGAGAGUGGUGUGAACUGUACCCACGAUGCUGGUGCCUGUGUCUGUACCUACAACGGGCAACAGUACCAUCAUGGAGACAUCAUCUACCACACAACAGAUGGCAUGGGAGGCUGUAUCUCUGCACACUGCCUGGCCAAUGGGACCAUCGACAGGAGAGUUGACACCUGUAGUUCCACCACCUCCACACCCCCCACCACCUUCUCCUUCUCCACACCGCUCGUCAUGACCUCAAUGCGACCCUCGAGCACACAUUCUAGCCCUACCCCGAGUGUAGUGUACCCAGGGUCUCCAAGCAAGGUUGCGUCAACAACCAGCAGCAUAUUGUCUGUGAAGACCCCUGCCACAGGCCCUAGCUUGACCACAUCUACUUCGGCCUCCACCGUAACGACAUCAGGUUGCCAGGAGGAGUGCCUCUGGUCUCCCUGGAUGGACGUCAGCCAUCCUGGCCGUGGCAUUGACAGCGGUGACUUUGACACUCUGGAGAACCUCCGUGCCCACGGCUACCAGAUCUGUCAAGUGCCAAAAGCAGUGGAGUGCCGUGCUGAGGACAGCCCUGAUGCGCCCCUUCAUGAGCUGCAGCAGAGCCUGGAGUGUAGCACAACUGUAGGGCUGACCUGCUACAACAGGGAUCAGGAGUCAGGGCUCUGUGACAACUACCAGAUCAAAGUCCAGUGCUGUACCCCAAUCAGCUGUCCAACCUCCAGUGGUCAUACCCAGACCACCCAUCUGAUAGCCUCCAGGACAACGACCAUGGGGGACACAACCUCCUCAGUCCCUGUCACCUCAACUGAGCAUGCAUACAGCACAGUUACCUCAGGUCCUUCUCCCCUUUCCUCAGUGCCUUCUUCACCAGCUCCAGCUCCAUCUACUCCUGUCGCAGUCACUUCUACCACUGUUAAAACAACUCUGACCACAACUAGCCCAACACCAGAGCCAACUCCAGCCACAUCAUCUGUGUCCAUCUCAACCUCAGGGUCUACCAGGGCGUCCUUUGAGACAACUCAUGAGUGCAAACAGGAGCUUUGCCAUUGGACCGAUUGGAUAGAUGGCAGCUACCCUGGGCCCAGCAGAGACAGUGGAGAUUUUGACACUUUUGUAAACCUGAGAUCUAAAGGAUACAAGUUCUGUGAGAAGCCACAAAAUGUUGAGUGCAGGGCUCAAUUCUUUCCCAACACACCACUGGAGGAGCUGGGGCAGGUGGUGACCUGCAGCCGAGAGGAGGGUUUGCUCUGUUUGAACAAGAACCAGCUGCCGCCCAUUUGCUACAACUAUGAGAUCCGGAUAGAGUGCUGCACAGUAGUAAACAACUGUUCCACAGCUUCAACUACCACACAUCCCCCCUCACAUGGAGUUAGCACAAAAACAAAACCCAGCUGGACCACGACCGUGUAUUCCUCUUCUACCAAGGACACCAGGAGUCACUCAGCAGUCACAGACACAAAGACCUUGGUCUCAGGUAAUUCACACACAACCACUCAACCACUGACAACCAACUGCCAGCCUCAGUGCAACUGGACCAAGUGGUUUGACACGGACUUCCCAGUGCCCGGGUCACAUGGAGGGGACCUGGAAACUUACAGCAACAUCCUGAGGAGUGGAGAGAGACUCUGUCACCGGCCAGAGGAGAUCACACAGUUGCAAUGCAGGGCUGAGAACUCCCCUGAGGUAGAUAUAAAGGAUCUGGGUCAGGUGGUGCAGUGCGACCCCAGUGUGGGCCUGGUGUGCAACAACAGGGACCAGGGUGGCAACUCUGGGAUGUGCCUCAACUAUGAGGUGCGAGUGCUGUGCUGUCACGUUCCUGAAGGCUGCCCCACCACCACACAUGCCACUCUUGUCAGCACCUCAAGUGAGACUGUCACCAGCUCAACACCUGGCACCACUUCCAUGCACACAGCAAGCAGCACCUCCAUGUCCCAAACCAUGACAACCGUUGUGCAGACUGACAGUACUACCUCUGUAUCCCAUAUGAGCUCACCUGCCACAGGAAAAGGCAGCACUGCUCACAAAACCCAAAGCAGCUCAACACCUAUAGGAGAAACCAGCACCAUUUCUACCAGUCCCAGCUCUGGCUCACCUGCCACAGGAAAAGGCAGCACUGCCCACAAAACCCAAACCAGCUCAACCCCUAUUGGAGAAACCAGCACCAUCAGCACCACCUCAAUACCCCAAACCAGCUCACCCUCCAAAGGAAGAGUGAGCACCACCCUCAGACCCCAAAGCAGCUCGACCCCUAGUGGAGAAACCAGCACCACCUCUACAACCCAAACCAGCACAGCCUCAGGCCCAACAGCCAGCACAGUUACCACCUCCACAUCCCAAACAAGUUCACCCAAUACAGGAAAGGGCAGCACUGCCCACAAAACCCAAAGCAGCUCAACACCUAUAGGAGAAACCAGCACCAUUUCUACCAGUCCCAGCUCUGGGCAGUCUGCCCACACAACAUUCGUGGGGAAAACCAGCACUCUCUCUGUUCCUGGAACCAGCACCACCUCUGUUCCUACCAGCACCACAGCCAGCACAUCCUCCACAGCCCAAACCAGCUCAACACCUAUAGGAGAAACCAGCACCAUCUCUACAACCCAAACCAGCACAGCCUCAGGCCCAACAGCCAGCACAGUGGACACCAGGACCAGUUCUUUGCAGACAGACAGUACCACCUCCACAUCCCAAACAAGGUCACCCAAUACAGGAAAGGGCAGCACUGCCCACAAAACCCAAACCAGCUCAACCCCUAUAGGAGAAACCAGCACCAUCAGCACCACCUCAAUACCCCAAACCAGCUCACCUUCCAAAGGAAGAGUGAGCACCACCCUCAGACCCCAAAGCAGCUCGACCCCUAGUGGAGAAACCAGUACCAUCUCUAUAACCCAAACCAGCACAGCCUCAGGUCCAACAGCCAGCACAGUGUCCACCAGGGACACCAGCAUCACCUCUGGGCACAAAGCUAGCCCAACAUCCAAACCUAAACCCACACCAACCUCCAGCACCAUUCCCACCAGGGACACCAGGACCAGUUCUUUGCAGACAGACAGUACCACCUCCACAUCCCAAACAAGUUCACCCAAUACAGGAAAGGGCAGCACUGCCCACAAAACCCAAAGCAGCUCAACACCUAUAGGAGAAACCAGCACCAUUUCUACCAGUCCCAGCUCUGGGCAGACGGCCCACACAACAUUCGUGGGGAAAACCAGCACUCUCUCUGUUCCUGGAACCAGCACCACCUCUGUUCCUACCAGCACCACAGGUCCCAUGCUUUAUUCUGAGGUGACUUAUUCCCCAGUGACCACCCACUGCCAGCCACAGUGCAACUGGACCAAGUGGUUUGACACGGACUUGCCAGUGCCCGGGCCACAUGGAGGGGACCUGGAAACUUACAGCAACAUCCUGAGGAGUGGAGAGAGACUCUGUCAGCGGCCAGAGGAGAUCACACAGUUGCAAUGCAGGGCUGAGAACUCCCCUGAGGUAGAUAUAAAGGAUCUGGGUCAGGUGGUGCAGUGUGACCCCAGUGUGGGCCUGGUGUGCAACAACAGGGACCAGGGUGGCAACUCUGGGAUGUGCCUCAACUAUGAGGUGCGAGUGCUGUGCUGUCACGUUCCUGAAGGCUGCCCCACCACCACACAUGCCACUCUUGUCAGCACCUCAAGUGAGACUGUCACCAGCUCAACACCUGGCACCACUUCCAUGCACACAGCAAGCAGCACCUCCAUGCCCCAAACCAUGACAACCCUUGUGCAGACUGACAGUACUACCUCUGUAUCCCAUAUGAGCUCACCUGCCACAGGAAAAGGCAGCACUGCUCACAAAACCCAAACCAACUCAACCCCUAUAGGAGAAACCAGCACCAGCUCUGUGCACACGGCAAGCACAGUGUCCACCAGAGGCAUGGUCCACAAGAGUACCCGCUCUGUGCAGACAGCCAGCACAUCCUCCACAGCCCAAACCAGCUCAACACCUAUAGGAGAAACCAGCACCAUCUCUACAACCCAAACCAGCGCAGCCUCAGGCCCAACAGCCAGCACAGUGUCCACCAGGGACACCAGCAUCACCUCUGGGCACAAAGCUAGCCCAACAUCCAAACCUAAACCCACACCAACCUCCAGCACCAUUUCCACCAGGGACACCAGGACCAGUUCUUUGCAGACAGACAGUACCACCUCCACAUCCCAAACAAGUUCACCCAAUACAGGAAAGGGCAGCACUGCCCACAAAACCCAAAGCAGCUCAACACCUAUAGGAGAAACCAGCACCAUUUCUACCAGUCCCAGCUCUGGGCAGACUGCCCACACAACAUUCAUGGGGAAAACCAGCACUCUCUUUGUUCCUGGAACCAGCACCACCUCUGUUCCUACCAGUACCACGGGUCCCACGCUUUAUUCUGAGGUGACUUAUUCCCCAGUGACCACCCACUGCCAGCCACAGUGCAACUGGACCAAGUGGUUUGACACGGACUUCCCCGUACCCGGGCCACAUGGAGGGGACCUGGAAACCUACAGCAAUAUCCUGAGUAGUGGAGAGAGACUCUGUCACCAGCCAGAGGAGAUCACACAGUUGCAAUGCAGGGCUAAGAACUAUCCUGAGAUAGAUAUAAAGGAUCUGGGUCAGGUGGUGCAGUGUGACCCCAGUGUGGGCCUGGUGUGCAACAACAGGAACCAGGGUGGCCACUCUGAGAUGUGUCUCAACUAUGAAGUGCGAGUGCUGUGCUGUCAUGUUCCUGAAGGCUGCCCCAGGACUGAUCGGACUCCUGUGACAUUGUCUCAUAAGCCCUCAUUUCCUGUUGUGUCACCAACAUCUGUGUCCCCAUCCUCGUCGACCAGCCCUAGGGUUCACUCUACUACCCCAUGUUUCUGCAGCGUGUCAGGCCAGCUAUACCCUUUGGGAUCUAUCAUCUACAACCAGACAGACCUUGAUGGCUACUGUUACUAUUCCAUAUGCAGCCAGGACUGUCAGGUGGUCAAAAGUGUUAGUCAAGCCUGUCCCUCCACCACGCCAUCCCCUACACCAACUCUAUCUCCAUCUACGGCUCCACCUGUCACUGAGCGGGAUCGGUGCAAUGUGUUUCCUCCAAGACUGAAAGGGGAGACUUGGCCCAUGCCGAAUUGUUCCCAAGCCACCUGUGAGGGCAACAAUAUCAUCUCCCUGAGCCCACGCCAGUGCCCAGAGCUGAAGGAACCAUCUUGUGCCAAUGGGUACCCACCUCUGAAGGUGGAUGACCAGGAUGGAUGCUGCCAGCACUACCAGUGCCAGUGUGUUUGCAGCGGCUGGGGUGACCCCCACUACAUCACAUUUGAUGGCACCUACUACACUUUCCUGGAUAACUGCACGUAUGUGCUGGUGCAGCAGAUCGUGCCCGUGUUUGGAAAGUUCCGUGUGCUCAUUGACAACUACUUCUGUGACCUGGGAGACAGUGUUUCCUGCCCACAGUCCAUCAUUGUCGAGUACCACCAGGACCGAGUGGUGCUAACUCGCAGGCCAGUUAGCGGGGUCAUGACCAACCAGAUCAUCUUCAACAACAAGGUGGUCAGUCCUGGCUUCCAGCAGAACGGCAUUGUCGUCUCCCGUGUGGGUAUCAAGAUGUAUGUUACCAUCCAAGAGAUUGGUGUCCAGGUCAUGUUUUCAGGGCUCAUCUUCUCAGUCGAGGUGCCUUUCAACUUGUUUGCUAACAACACAGAGGGCCAGUGCGGCACUUGCACCAAUGACAAAAAGGAUGAGUGCCGCCUGCCUGGAGGUUCUAUAACUUCCUCUUGUUCUGAGAUGUCUCUCCACUGGAAGGUGCCCAACCAGCCUUCCUGCCAAGGGCCUCCACCAACUCCAACUUCAGUGAUACCCAAGCCUUCACCUACUCCAUGCCCACCAUCGCCACUCUGUUGGCUCAUCAUAAGCGAUGUCUUCAAGCUCUGCCAUGACGUCAUCCCCCCGUGGCAGUUCUAUGAAGGCUGCUUAUUUGAUGCGUGUCACAAGUUAGACCUGGAGGUGGUCUGCUCAGCCCUAGAGCUCUAUGCAUCACUCUGUGCAGCCCAAGGCGUGUGUAUCCCUUGGAGAAGCCAUACCAACAACACUUGCCCAUUCACGUGCUCGGAUAACAGCGUAUACCAGCCUUGUGGCCCAUCCAACUCUCACUACUGCUACCGGAGUGAUGACAUCAGCCCAAGCUUGAUCCUUCAAGAGGCCGGACCCAAGACAGAGGGCUGCUUCUGUCCAGACAACAUGACACUUUUCAGUACCAAUCACUCAGUCUGUGUGCCUUCCUGCCAGUGGUGCCUGGGGCCUCAUGGAGAACCCGUGGAGCCGGGCCACACCAUCAGCAUCGACUGUCAGGACUGCAUCUGUAAGGAAGCCACGCUGACUUGCCGAAGGAAGUUCUGCCCCCAGCCGACCUGCCCAGAGCCUGGCUUCGUGCCGGUGCCUGCAGCUCUGGAGUCUGGCCAGUGCUGUCCCCAGUACAGCUGUGCCUGCAACUCCAGUCACUGCCCUCCACCUCUGUACUGCCCGAAGAAUUCUAGCCUGAUAGUCACAUAUGAGGAGGGAGCUUGCUGCCCAAGCCAAAACUGCUACAGCCAGUAUAUCUUUUGGACAGGUCACAAGGGCUGUGAAGUCAAUGGGACUCUCUACCAGCCUGGUGACGUGGUCUCCUCCAGCUUAUGUGAACGAUGCCUGUGUGAGGUUUCCAGCAAUACCCUUUCCGAUGUCUUUGUGGUCAACUGUGAGACUGAGCUCUGUAACACCCAAUGUCCUAAGGGCUUUGAGUACCAGGCCAUGCCAGAGCAGUGCUGUGGCCAGUGUGUACAGAAGACCUGCCCCUUUAAAAACAGCAGCAACUCUACCCACUACUACCAGCCUGGUGAGCUCUGGUCAGAACCUGGCAACCCAUGUAUGACACAUAAGUGUGAGAAAAUCCAAGAUGUAUUCAUGGUCGUGACAAUGAAGAUAGAGUGCCCCAAGAUCAACUGUGCACCGGGCCAGGCUCAGCUGAGAGAAGACGGAUGCUGCUAUGACUGUCUCGGACUCCCGCAGAAAUGUACGGUGCACCAAAGACAGCAGAUCAUCCAUCAGCAAAACUGCAGCUCUGAGGGCCCAGUGAGCAUCUCCUACUGCCAAGGAAACUGCGGGGACAGCACCUCCAUGUACUCCCUGGAGGCCAACACGGUGGAGCACACAUGUGAGUGCUGCCAGGAGCUUCAAACCUCUCAGAGGAAUGUGACUCUGCACUGCGAUGACGGCUCCAGUCGGACCUUCAGCUACACCCAGGUUGAGAAGUGUGGCUGCCUGGGCCAGCGGUGCCAUGGUCCAGGGGACACAAGCUACGCCGAGUCCUCAGAACAAGAGUUCAAGUCCAAGGAAAGUGAGGAACAUGGCCAGCAGUCAGCAGUCAGGGUCAGUGAUGACAUGCGUGGGCCUUUCUAGUAAACUGAGCCCCACUGCUGUCCCAACCAUCUUCCUGAGGUCAGCAGGGCAAGUACUUUAGUCCAAGUGGCUUGAAUUCUACCUACCUGCUACUUCCUCUUCAAGAGGGACAUCGACCCCAGAUGUCCUUGGAGGUAGGAGAGGCCCCUCUCCACUGAUUAGGAGGAAGAUGGUCACAGGCUCCUUUUGAAAGAACUUCAUCAUCACCCAAGAGUCCCAUGAAUGACUGUCA